AUGGCCAUCACCUGGACCAUGAUCCUCGAAGCCGGCGGGCCCACUCACGCCGCCCCAGACUCGACGCCACGCGAGCACAGGCUCAAGACCCCGCUCAUCCCGUACGUCUUCAACAUCGACUGGCAAGUACGCAUCAAGCAGCAGGCGACGGCCGAUGGCGAGCCACAGGAAGACGAGGGGUAUGAGGCUCUCGCGGCGGGCGAGGAGCUCGCUGCGGCGCGCGACGAGACGCGUGCCGUGCGCGCCAGCGCGAGGGUGCGGGCGUGGCGCGACUAG